UCGCGUGUUUUCAGUUCAUUUCUUUCUUCGUCAUCCUCGACACACGAUUCGCCGUUUCGUUCAUCUUUACGCGAGUUUCAUCUACGGUUCACUCUGUACAAUCUUCGAAUUCCCCGUUGAAAUAUUACGGUGUGACGUCGAAAAGUGUCAGAGAAGACUCUGUGGUUCCGGACAAUCGAUAUCGAUCUUUGGAACACCGAUCGCGAAUCGAGAGGCCGGGAUGAGAGCAGAAGAACGAGCGACGAGGUGACCUCGACGACCAAAAAUCUACCCCUAUCGUCCAAUCAAUCGAUAAAUCCACGAAACUUCACUAAAAAAAAAAAAAAAGGAAAAGAAAAGAAUCCCUCCAAUUCUCUUACCAUUGCAACGCCCUUAAUUUCUUAACCGCGUGAAAAUCGACUUGGCCCCGCAACCACCGCAACACAUCGUAAUCGUGGCUCGCGCGAGGGAGAAUCGUUCCCAACCAAGGAAAGGUAACGACACCGUGGUGGAUAGGACGCGGUGCACGUCGAAUCGGGGAUCGUCUCGCUUCUUAAUGGGCGUACCGCGGUUGGAUCCCGGUUGGAUUUAGCCGGCACGUUUCUCGAAGGGCGAGAGAGGGAAGAGAGACAGAGAGAGAAAGAGAGAGAGAAAGAGAGAUAGAGGAAGAAACAGGAUCCAUCCGCUUGGAGGAGGAGGAGGAGGGAAAAGAGCGGGGGGAGGAGAGGUCGUCGAGAUCCGUCGAGAGGAUCCUCUAUGGGCGCUCGAGGGGUUGUUCAGGAGUGGCGAAUCACCUGAAUGGUGCCUGCGCGAUAAUCCUCUUCUCUCCUCGUCGAAGAGCCACGAAAAUGAUCGACUGACCGCUCGGCUCGGGUGGCUUGCGAUCGGGUGGCCGGGAUCUGUCUCUCCUCUUCUGUCUUCCUCCCUUUUCCAAGAAAAAGAAAAAAGAAAAAAAAAAGGAAGGAAAGAACGCGUUCUUUUCGCGAUUAGAACAAGGGACAGACAGGGAGUAAUAAUAUAAGGGGGGGCGAAACGUAGAAACAAACGCGUGGAAGGGGAGCGCGCAGACAUGUCGCGGGUCUCGAGUCGCGCCUCCAUCGUCGCUGCUGUGAUCAGCAUCGUGCUGUUGAUCAUCGUGUUCCUGGUUAUGGUAUUAUGGACCGGUGCGCGCACAAAGAGAGAGGAGGAGAAGAGCGUGGACGGCCGAUUGGUUGUCGAGGUUUUGGAUAGUUUGUUGGGGGUGCGAGUUGAGAACGCGUCGUCCACCACCGUCAGAGGAGUACGUACGUUGGAGGAGGAGGAGGAGAGCUUCAAUAACGAAGUGAUUUCACACUCGGAGAGAUCAUCGAGGAAGGAGAGUGAUUCUAAGAAGACGAAAUCAUUUUCUCGGAAACCUGACUUGGAGUACGUCCAAUUGAUGAAACUGGCCGAGAAUCAGUACGAGGAUCCACCGAACGAAUUCUCGGCGAAACGACGCCACAGCGGGCACUUUCGACCGGCGACAGCCGAAGUUUGGGAUUCUCGUCCUCAGUACGAGUUCACCGCUUUCGGGAGACGGUUUCGUUUGCUGUUGGCUCACGACACGAGCUUCGUCUCGCCCAAUAUUAAGAUCACACGCAUCACCGAGAAUACCAGCAGAAGGGAAAAUCCAGGCCCUGAACUUGGUUGCUUCUACAGCGGAACCGUGGACGGUGAUCCACAAUCCGCUGUCACUGUCAAUCUUUGCCAUGGAAUGACGGGACACGUGAGAACAUCGACGGGAAGCUACAUAAUUAAACCGGCCAAGCCCUGGCGGGAGAGCGACAAGGAGGAUUCUCUAGAAUUUUCGUUGGAACACGUCGUCCAAAGGAUAAAACCCUACACUCUGGUAGACCCCGAUGCCACGAACCAAGCCGAUGAUCGGGUUGGAGCGCAUAAUUGCGGCGUGAUCGAUGACAACACACCAACUCCAAUUGUGGAGAACUCGUCCAAGGGUAAAAUUUACUUCGAUGGCCGACGCCGCAAGCGCAGGUCUUUAACCGAGAAAAAGGAGCUGGAACGUUUCGAGGAGGACGAGAUGUACAAGCAGUUCGUGGGACAAGCCGAGGGGCAUCGAAAUUUUUUACGAAACGAUGCCAGAUACUACUCCGUGGAGAGAAGACGAAAUGAUCUGAGCGAGGAGUAUGGCCAGGACUCGGAAAUGGAAUCGGAUCCCUCCGUGACUUGGAGACCACGUAGAGCCUUGUCAAGUGAAUAUUUCAUCGAGAUCAUGGUGGCUGCAGACGCGGAGAUGGUGAGGUACCACGGCAAAGGUUUGCUCAGCUACAUUUUGGGCCUGAUGAGCACGGUGUCACGAAUCUACAAAGAUCCAUCUAUCGGUAAUCCAAUAAGCAUAUCGGUGAUGAGCAUCGUUCCAAUUGAUAAAAUAUUCGGGGUUAGACGUACAAAGGGUGAGGGAAUCGCAGCGGCAGACAUGUUGAAUAAGUUUUGCCGAUGGCAACAGAGCAACAAUCCGAAUGAAUAUUCGCCAGGACAUUACGAUACUGCUCUUCUUUUGACCAGGGAAAAUCUGUGUCACAAUUCUGACCAGAGGAAUUGCGACACUUUGGGAUUGGCCGAGUUGGGACGAAUGUGUUCACCAAGAUCCUCGUGCGCUAUAGUUCAGGAUAAUGGUCUAGCUGCUGCAUUUACAAUAGCUCAUGAGAUUGGCCACGUAUUGGACAUGCCCCACGACGAUGACGUGAAAUGUGCAGCCUAUAAGAAUCGUUCCGGAAUGCAUAACAUAAUGUCGAGGAUGCUGGACGAUAACACCUUUCCAUGGGAAUGGUCGAAAUGUUCCCGACACUACGUCACCGAAUUUCUCGAGGCCGGAAAGGGGGACUGUUUGCUGGACACGCCGGAUAAGAUAAUGGAACGAACGGACCCGAGAAGGCUACCCGGGGAAGAUUAUUCUGUGAACAAGCAGUGCGAGCUGGUAUUCGGUAACGGGUCCAGAAUCUGCAAUCACAUGGUGGGUGAUGUGUGCAGAAGACUGUGGUGCACCACACCGAACGAAGACCAUUACGAUCACUGUCGUACCCAGCAUAUGCCGUGGGCUGAUGGCACUUCCUGUGGCCGAGACAAAUGGUGUUAUCGAGGCGAGUGCGUCUCACGUAGUCUCAAUCUCCAGCCGGUUGACGGCCAAUGGGGCGAAUGGGGACGAUAUGGAAAAUGUUCGAGAACCUGCGGCGGUGGUAUCAAGAAGAAAUACCGUGAAUGCGACAAUCCACUUCCGCAGAACGGUGGUCGUUACUGUAUUGGUGAACAGGUCAAAUAUAGAAGCUGUGGUACGAGGGAGUGCCCACCGGGAACUCCUGAUUUCAGGGAUCAGCAGUGUUCAUAUUUCAAUAACAACAAUUUGAACAUAAAGAAUCUGUCGAGGGACGUUAAAUGGCACGCCAAGAUAUUGCCGCAUGAACGUUGUAAAUUGUACUGUGAAACGGACAGCAAUCAGUGUUACCCGCUGGCGGAAAAGGUGAUCGAUGGAACUCCAUGCGACCAGGAUACCUUUCAUAUAUGCGUGAAUGGCUUCUGUAAACCAGCGGGUUGCGAUCACGUUUUAAACUCGACGGCGGAACUCGAUAUAUGCGGUGUCUGCAAGGGUGACAAUUCCACCUGUCAAUGGAUCACAGGUUCUUAUAACUCUACCCAAUAUGGUUAUACCAGAAUCGCCAAGAUCCCAGCGGGUAGCAAUAACAUCGACAUCAGACAACCUGGUUGGAAAGAUAUGAUAGAUGAUGGCAAUUAUCUCGCCUUGCGACUUGGAGAAGGUGGAAAAUAUAUAGUAAAUGGCAAUUUUAAAGUGAUGACACAAAGGGUAAUCGUAGAUAUUGGUGUCACUAUAGAGUAUAGUGGACGUGAUUCGCGUGUGGAACGUUUAAACACUUCCAGACCAAUCGAAACUGACUUAAUCCUGGAAGUUUUAUCAGUAAGCGAAUUAAAUCCACCUCAAAUUAGUUACAAAUAUACAGUGCCAAGAAAGAUUUUAGAAAGUUAUGAAUGGAAAUUAAGCGGCUGGUCGGAUUGCACUCGCACAUGUCAAGGCAUAAAAUAUCGUAAAGCUGAAUGCACGAAUAUUGAAUACAAAGAGAUUGUUGCCGAUGAUUAUUGUCGCGAAUCAGAAAAGCCACGGGAAGAAAGUCAAAUGUGUAAUAAUCACUGUCUAUUAGAAUGGAAUAUCACAGUUUCCGAAUGCUCUAAUCACUGUGGCUUAGGAACUCGUGUAGUCACCUCUAGAUGUAUACAAAAAUUAUUGAAUUCGAAUCAUCCACCCCGUGCAAUUCCACCGCAUUCGUGCGCUCAUCUUGAGCGGCCAAAUGAAAUAGAAUCUUGCAUGGGACCCUGUGAAGAUGCUCAUUGGAGUUAUGGAAAAUGGAGUGCUUGCAAUGCUACAUGUGGAGGUGGAAUUCAAUAUAGGACAGCUAUUUGCAUAGACUCCAAUCAAAGAACAGUUUCUGAAGAGAAUUGUAUGGGACAAAGGAAGAUUUUAGAAAAUGCAUGUGCAAAUGACCCAUGUCCCAAAUGGACUUUCAAAAAUUGGAGUAAUUGCUCAGUAACAUGUGGCAUAGGCAAACAAUACUCACAUUAUGCAUGUCACAUAGAGAACCGCGUCGUUCCAGAUAGUUAUUGUGGUAAACCCCCUCCAGAAAUUACUCAAGCUUGUAAUUCUGGACCUUGUGAACAAUGGCACAAGGGUGAUUGGAGCGCAUGUUCAGUUACUUGUGGUGAAGGGAUAAAACGAAGAAAAGUCAUUUGCAAGACUUUUGAUGGAAUUACAAAUAAUAAAUGUUUGGCUUCCAAUAAACCAGAUGAUAUUACAGCUUGUAUAUUGAAACCUUGUCCAACAGUGAAUGUAACACCAAUCAAAUAUUCUUCUGAUCCACCAUACGAAAUUCCUUCCGAACAAGACAACGAAGUUCACGAUAUAAUUUUCCAUUAUGGAUAUAAGUGGCAUGCUGAAACACAAAAGUGUUCUAGACCAUGUAUUAAAGGCUACAUGAACACAACAAUAAAAUGUGUUUCCAUUGAAACAGGAAUUGUUGCACCUGAUAGAUAUUGCGAUAAUGAAAAGAAACCAUCUACUGAAAUUCCUUGCAAUCGUUAUCAUUGUCCAAUAUGGAUUACUAGUGAUUGGGGCCAGUGUAACGUAGAAUGUGGAUUAGGAACUCAAUAUCGACGAGUAUAUUGUCAAAAUCCACAAGGUGAAAGUAUACCAGACGAAAACUGCCAUAAGAGCGAAAAACCAGAAGCAGAGAAAAUCUGUCGAAAAAGACUUUGUGUAAAUAUUCUCCGCAAAUGGAGAACUUCUAAUUGGACUCCUUGUUCGAAAUCAUGCGGUACUGGACUUCAAAGACGAAGGGUCGAAUGCACAAUGAGGAGAGGAAACCACGGGCCGGAAGUAACCGUAAGGGACGAGCACUGCUCGAGACUUGGUCUAAGAAAACCGAGAUCACAGAGGUCCUGUCGACGUAUUGCUUGCAACUAUAUUUGGCAGGAAGGAUCUUGGUCUGAGUGUUCGAAAGAGUGUGGACAAGGAAUUCAAACAAGAACAGUAAGCUGUCAUCGUGUUAAUCGGUAUGGAUUGAUCGAUCCUACGCCCACUGAUAAUUGUCCAAUUGAUCAAAAACCUGAGAAUCAACAAUUUUGCAAAUUACGAGAAUGCGAUGAUAAGUAUUACUGGUAUGCUGGACCGUGGAAAAAAUGCAGUCAUGCCUGUGGACAGAAGGGUCGUGAAACACGAAGAAUAUUCUGUUUAGAUAGAGAUGGUAGAAAAGUAGCUCGUUACAAAUGUCCUAAGCGAUUCAAGCCGCAACGCAAGCAAAAAUGCAACCAAAGAAAAUGUUAUGCAAUGUCUUGUCUCGAGGUAAAGAAGUAUUUCAAAACUACCAAGGAUAGUGAAUAUAAUUUGGUCUUAGGUGGAAGAAGCAUGUCGAUCUAUUGUCAUGGAAUGUUAACUUCUGAACCAAAAGAAUAUUUGACACUACCAGCUGGUCCUCAGGAAAAUUACGCAGAAAUAUAUGACAAGACAUUUAAUGAUCCUUAUGUUUGCCCAUAUAAUGGACCAAAGAACAACAAUUGCAGUUGCUCCACUUCUGGAAAGACAACGUUCAGAAGAGUACGAAUUGAUCCUGUAGAACUGUAUAUUAUAGAAAAUGAUUACACAUUUUCGUGGAUGACAGGCUCAAAUCGUGUCGAAUAUGGUACAGCUGGUGACUGUAAUAGUAUUGCACAUUGUGCCCAAGGUCAUUUUAGUAUUAAUUUAAGUGGAACUCAAUUAAAAUUAUCAUCAAGUAUUGUUUGGACAGCAACACGCGGAACAUCGAUAAAAAUUAAUCAUAUUAACAAUCAGCAUAUCACUGGAAAAUGUGGAGGCUAUUGUGGCUCAUGUAAACCGAAAAACGGAUUAAAACUAGAUGUUUUACCACCGUAGUCCAUCUUAUAUAAAGCUUAAUAAUCUCUAAAUGCCUGUAAAAUACAGCAGAUAGAAAUUCCAGUAAUGGAUUUUUGAACGUGUCACAAAAGAGUUCGACAAACACAAGAUGAAAUCGACAAGAUCCAUUGCCGAACCAAUAUUUUCAUUUCUCUGAAUCAUUCGCUUAAAUCGUUAUUAAUCCUUGUG